AUGCAAGCAGUUAUUGCGAGACAAGGAGCUGCUAUAAUGCCGUCAUCAAGGUCCCUAUUGCGGUCAUUAGAGGCUCUACCCUCGCAACUAAACAGUUCUCGCUAUGUCUGCACGAAUUGUCGCUGGCAAUCGUUCCCACGAGCCCGAAAUCUGAUCUCCACGCCAUCUCGUCGAUACAACUCGUCCGGCAAUCUUCCAUUCACCGAAAAGGUACGACGAAAGCUAUGGGGCACAGACAAUCCCCCAGGUUUAAAGGACCCUUAUGGAGGAGAAAGCAUACUUGAGAGAAGAGCUCGUGAGCUCCGGGAAGCCAGGGAAGCCAGGGCGGACGAAUCGCAAGAAGUCCCGGAAGGAUCUCUCGAGGCUAUGGCAGAGGAAACGAAUGCCGAGGCCGUGGAAGAUUACACUCCCGCGAUUAAUUGGGAUGGGCUAGAGCAUGUCGGAUCAUUGGGUGAAUGGUGGGAGAAACCACCUACUGAGAUGGAUAAAUUUGAUGCAUUCAUGCGGAGGGAAAAGAUUACGAACAAUAAUGAUAUACUGGCUAUCUUACAUCAGGCCCUUGUUGAAUUGAGUGUCUUGAAGGAGCUUAACAAGCCCUUGGAAGCUUCUUGCGACAUCCUCGAGCAUGAGCCCCAGAUUCUGUCUCUAAUCAACAAAGUUGAGAUAGUCCCCUCGAAGGAACAAUCCGGAGCUGCAUUGGCAUUCCCAAGUGAAGAUGCGAAAGCCAAGGUGUAUGAAUUCUUCCGUGAAUUUGACUCCAUCCCGGCUGAGGAACCCGCUGCCUCUGAAGAACUUCCUUCCACAGAACCCGAGAUGGAUGCCAACUCCGAAGUAGUAUCUGAAACCUCAUCAUUCGAGCUUAGCCCUCCAGCUAGCACAGAGUUCCUGAACAUUUCUCUCAUGUCCCCAGACAUGAAGUUUGCGUACUUGAAAAGAGUUAGCCAGUUGACCGGCCACUUCAUUCCGGACCAGGAGCUUGCAUCCAUAUCCAGCGUAUCUUCCGUGCAAGACUUCCUUAUCCGCGCUUCGACCCCCAAACCUACGAAGCUUGCGGAGCAGCUUAUUGUUGAGGGAACCUUCGAUGGUAUCCCUAAUGUCAAGAUCUAUGACAGAAGACAAACCCCCAUUGACAGCGAAAUCGAAACAGGUCAAUGGAAAGUCAUUGAGGAAGAACUUACGAAAAGAGGACUUCCAAUCACAGGCCGCAAAGUUGCAUGA